AUGGAAUAUCCAGAAGUAAUACCAACAGAGUUUGAAAUAGAGGAGAAAGCAAGUGGGAAGAGACAAAAACAAAAAGUACCACUACAACAUGGUCAUAGUCAAUUGGAUUGGAUGAGAUUACAAAAACAACCAGCAGUUGCAACUGCAGGUACAACAACAACAGCAUCAGUAGCUACCAAACACAAGUUUAGAAGUAAUGCACCGAUCACCAUUGAAGAACUUAAACAACACUCAACACCUGAAGAUGCAUGGACUGUCUACAAAGGAAGAGUAUACGAUAUAACACCUUAUUUCACUUAUCAUCCAGGUGGUGAUGCACAACUAGCGCGUGCUGCUGGUAAAGAUUGUACAAGAAUGUUUGAAUUUAGACAUGGUUGGGUAAAUUUCGAAGCGAUGAUGGAGAAAUUAUGUAUAGGAUAUAUAGAACAACCAAAAUAA